AUGGCAGCAGGUGUAGGAUCUAUGGCCGGCAUCGGCGCUGCCGACGAUCCUCGUCUCGAUAACGACGGUUUUGGUAAUUCCGAUGGUCCUACAGCGCUUCGCCAGAAGCUACACGACCCCAGUAUCCCAAUCGAGGAGUACCUUUACUAUGCAAAGAUCACGCGGGCAGAAGAAGACCGUUUGUACGGACCGGGAAGUGAUUUUCAACAUACCGAUGGUGGUGCUACCGCCUUUGUCAAAGAGAAGAUCCUUCGCAAACGCCAUAUGCCUUCCGAAUCUGGCAAUGAUUCUUCCAACGAGAAGGCCAACAAGGAGAGAACCCAUGCACCGGUGACCAUCUCGGACGAGGAAUGGGUACAGGCCUCCCGAGCUGCGAGAACCGCUACCUGGUCCGCUGUCUUCUAUCUCAUCACCACUGAUAUCUUGGGCCCUUUCAGUACUGGAUACGCUUUCAGUCAAAUGGGUCUAGGACCUGGUGUUGCGCUCUUCACGGUCUUUGGCGCUCUUGCCGCUUACAGUGGUUACCAGCUGUGGCGUAUGUACCUCCAGCUCGAUAGUGAUCGCUACCCGAUGAAAGGAUAUGGCGACAUCGCUUUCCGCAUCUAUGGUGCAUGGUUCCGUCAUACUUGCAACGCCUUGCAGUCGUUCCAAUUCUUCUUGAACGUGGCGUUGAUCGUCCUGACCAGUGGUCAAUCCAUCAGUCAGCUGUCCAAGGGCAAACUGUGCUUCAUCGCCUGCAUGGCUGUUUGUACCAUCUUCGGCUGUCUCGUGGGCCAGAUUCGGACGCUGCAACGCUUCGGUUGGCUUGCUUCUUGGGCGGUGUUCCUCAACCUAUUCAUUAUCUUUGCAACUAUGGGUGUCAUGGCUCAUUCGCCACCCAACUACGCGCUCUAUGCGGCCUCAAACCCUGAUUUCGACAUAAACAAUCCUGACCCGAUAAAGGUUGCUGGAGGCUCCCCGCCUGGUCUUAGUCUGAAUGACAAUGUCAACGGACUCAUGAACGCUGUCUUCUCAUUCGGUGGCGCCACGCUUUUCGUCGAGUUGAUGGCGGAAAUGCGCCGCCCCAUGGACUUCUGGAAGGGACUACUCGCUGCCGACAUCCUCAUCUACCUCUGCUACAUGGUAUACGGCCUCUAUACUUACUGCAUGCAAGGACAAUAUGCGUAUAAUGUAUCAUACCAGGGCGUGUCCCCUUACGGCUGGCAGACUGCUUGCAACAUUAUCGGUCUCAUCACUGGUUUGAUAGCGGCUGUUCUGUACGGCAAUAUCGGCGUCAAAGUUCUUUACAACAACGUGGGACGAGACCUCUUCAAGUUCCCAAUCCUCGAAAGCAAGCGCGGCAAAUGGAUCUUCGUCUUCUUCGUUCCACUCUACUGGGUCGCUGCUUGGGUUAUCUCGCAGUCGGUGCCUCAGAUUAAUUCUUGGAUCGUGCUUGUCGGCGCUGGAUGUAUCCUGCAGUUCACUUACACAUUCCCCCCUUUCAUGAUGCUUGGUCUCAAGAUACAGCGUGACGCUAUCCUGCCCAACGAGACGUUUGAUCCUGCUACUGGUCAAGUCACUCAUGUUGACAGCGGUAUGAAGCGGUGGAUCCGUGGAUUCAAGAAAGAGCUUGCGUGGAACCUGUUUGACCUGUUCUUCUACCUCGGAUCUUGUGUCACUUGCAUCUUGGGUUUGGUUGCUGCCUUCACCACUAUGGUUGAUGCUUACAAGGAAUCUGUCAACUUGACGGCAUGGAAAUGCGAGUCGCCAACUGGCUAGAACAAACCUACAACGGCAACGCAUUAUCAAGGGCAGAAGGUUGUGCUGACGGUACUGAGACUUGCGUGGUUGUUGAGUGGAGGAAGGUGAAGAUGGUUUGAGGACACAAACAUGAUUGUUGAGCAAAGUGACUUUGUUCACGGUGAGAGACGUAUUUACAAG